GGGUAUUUUGAGGCCUAUAUGAAAGGGUAUUUUGAGGCCUAUAUGAAAGGGUAUUUUGAGGCCUAUAUGAAAGGGUAUUUUGAGGCCUAUAUGAAAGGGUAUUUUGAGGCCUAUAUGAAAGGGUAUUUUGAGGCCUAUAUGAAAGGGUAUUUUGAGGCCUAUAUGAAAGGGUAUUUUGAGGCCUAUAUGAAAGGGUAUUUUGAGGCCUAUAUGAAAGGGUAUUUUGAGGCCUAUAUGAAAGGGUAUUUUGAGGCCUAUAUGAAAGGGUAUUUUGAGGCCUAUAUGAAAGGGUAUUUUGAGGCCUAUAUGAAAGGGUAUUUUGAGGCCUAUAUGAAAGGGUAUUUUGAGGCCUAUAUGAAAGGGUAUUUUGAGGCCUAUAUGAAAGGGUAUUUUGAGGCCUAUAUGAAAGGGUAUUUUGAGGCCUAUAUGAAAGGGUAUUUUGAGGCCUAUAUGAAAGGGUAUUUUGAGGCCUAUAUGAAAGGGUAUUUUGAGGCCUAUAUGAAAGGGUAUUUUGAGGCCUAUAUGAAAGGGUAUUUUGAGGCCUAUAUGAAAGGGUAUUUUGAGGCCUAUAUGAAAGGGUAUUUUGAGGCCUAUAUGAAAGGGUAUUUUGAGGCCUAUAUGAAAGGGUAUUUUGAGGCCUAUAUGAAAGGGUAUUUUGAGGCCUAUAUGAAAGGGUAUUUUGUAAACCCAGUGCAAAUGGAAGGAUACGUCGCCAUCAUCAUUAAUGAAGGUAUUUGAAGGCAAAUAUAACAAAUUCACAAAAUAUGAACACUGAGUUGCAUUAUAAUGAUGCACACAUACAUAUUUAUUUAUAUUAUGAAGACACAAAAGAUG